AUGGACAUAGCAGACAUGCAAGAAGAUAGCUUCAAAAUAUCGAAAAAACGUAGGUCCAAGAAGAGCUCCAUCGAUAUUCCACCACUGCCAAAUAAACCCAGCCAGCGUCCUACUUCAGCUUAUUCUCCUUUGCCCCAAACAAAAUCUUUUACGAUUCAAACUCUAACCUCGGCUACUGACUGUAGUCAAACUACAAAUUCAGAACCAAGCCCUCCAGCUUCGAGCAAUAUGCCUUCGAAACUACCGGCAGCAAAGCGGGUCACGCCGUUAGUACUGCGCGAACCAGAAAGAAAAAGCAAUGGACACCAUACAUUCACGAGGUCCUUAGAGGAAUACCAACAACUGCGGAGGAAUGUGAAGUGA